AAACACUACAGUCUUCCAGAUUAGUAGGAAUGAGUAAUCUGAAAAUAACAGGUGAGACUGAGUUAUCCCACAGUCUACCUGUCAGUGACACACAGUUAUAAAGGCUGAAGUGAAAAAUGUUGUUGGAAAGACUUGCUUAAGGGGGUGUGUCUGAAAGACUUUCAGCUUGGUAUAUACAUAGAAUCCAACUUCAAAGUUAUCACAUGCAGCUGUGAUUUCAAGUCUAGUUUCUUUUAAUUUCAGUUUUUUAACUUAACACCAUUUUUAUAACUACAGAGGCAUUGGUGAUUUUGGCUGGUAAUUGCACUGUGUACCUGGAAAAUACUUAAUUCCUCCUCUACAUCAGACAUUCUGAACUUUCUUAAUACAAAGUUUGAUGUCUUGUUAGUUAUAUUUUGAAUGUAAAUGUGUUUGUGUUUUUACAAUACAGUUGUCUUCUGUAGUCCUACCAGAGGACUACAGCCAAAUUAUUAAAGACAGAGACAACAGACAGGGGGACACAAAGAUCCAGGUGGAAGAGAAUGUCGAACUGGCUCAAAAAAAAAUGAAAAAAGCUUUUGCAAACCGGGCACAAAAAAAAUUCAAAAAUUUAAAGUUCACAGAAGGGGAGGAAGUUCUUCUAUUCAACAUAAGAAAAAGGGGUAGGAAAGGUGCCAGGAUGGAGGCAGACUACUCUGGACCUUAUUUUAUCCAUAAAGUGAUAGGGAGCACUGUGAUGUUGAAAACAAUGGCCAGAAAAGUCCUCAAGACAAAGCAUAGCAUGAGUCGUCUGAAGCCAUAUAACAGAGGCAAUGAGGGACAAAAUGCAGGUGAGGGUUUCAUCUCAGGUGAGAAGUUGAAUGAAAGGGAGACAGUGAUUAGGUACGCAGGCAAAGCAGAAACCCCACUGCAGACCAAGACAGACGGUCAGGUCCAUGGCAAGGUCAUCCAGUGCUUUUCCCUGUUGUCUCCCUCUCGUCCUCAAUCUCCCCCUGCCAAGUUCUCUCGGUUGUCUCCCCCUAACCCUCCAGUGAAGUCUCCCCCUCCAGUGACCUCUCCCUCUCCCCCUCCAGUGAAAUCUCCCCCUCCAGUGACCUCUCCCUCUAACCCUACCAAGUUGUCUCAGUUGUCUCCCUCAGCUCAUUCUAGGAUGUGUCAGAGUCCUAUUCAGCAGCAAGUAGUUCAGCUUUGGUCUUUGAAAGACUCAGGGCAAGUUGAAGCCCUUGUUGGCCCAUAUAAAUUGUAUGACAUCUUUUAGAACACUCUGUGGACAUGGCUGGCUGUCAGAUGAAGUUAUAGAUGCAUAUUUGUAUGUGACACUUCAGAAGACCAAGAUACCUGUAUACAGAAUGGAUGCAGUAAUUGCAUCUUCUGUAUUUCAUCUUGGGCAAUAUCGGGCUGUUCAAAAGAUGGUUUUACCUGAAGCCUCCAUUUGGAUGUGCCCUGUAAAUGUGGGAGGUCACUGGCUUUUGGUGAUUGUCGUGAUGAAUCACCAAGAGCUAGUAGUUAUAGACCCUAUGGGGAACGAAACAAUGUAUGACAGAAAGCUUCUCCGUAACUGGAGAAACUUCCUAAAAGCAAAAGGUGCUGGCCGGAGAAGCUGGAGUGUCCGCCAUAUGCCGCAUAUGCUGCAGAAGGACUCCAGCAGUUGUGGGGUCUUGGUUUUGAAGUUUGCAGAAACAUAUGUUCAAAUGGGAGGGCUGCAGUCAGUGCAAACAGGACCCAAAGACAUAUCCCAAGCCAGACUGCACAUCGCUACCACACUGUAUCAACAUCGAGACAAGGUGGAAGAGUACUGUGUGGAAUGCCACAUGCUUCACUAUAAUGCUACAGAGAAAAUCAUUGACAUGAUACAGUGUGACUGUUCAAGGUGGAUGCACAAAGAAUGUGCCACAGACAUGGAUGACAUGAUCAAAUGUAAAAAGUGCAACUUAAAUUAAAAAGUUUAAUAUUCUACAUUAAAUAUAUUACAUC